AUGCGGGACAGCAUCAGCAGUUUCUGUGUUUCGCCGAUUGACGAAUCAAACAACUCACUUCCCCGUACACAGAAGACAACACUGGAUUAUUUUGGCGAUUUCCCAGUAAGCGCAAUCAAUGUCGAGGAUCCCCCAUCUCCGCCUGGGCGGACAAAGAAGAAAGUCGUUGCAUUUGCAGUGGGAACGCCUGAAGAAAUCCCAACUCUGCAGAUAGACUAUUCUCCCGCAGAGUCUCCCGCAUAUGAGGAACCGCCUUUUAUUCAACCAGUCCAGCAUGCGGGUCCCGAGGCUCCCAUGUUUAGGGAGCCGCAUUAUGGGAAAUCAGAGCACCCCAGACCAAAAAUCAGCCAAAGGCAGAAACAGCAUCAAGCACCCCAUGAACAACCAAGUAAAGAGCGACAGCAUCAUUGGCAUCCAACGCACUGGGAUGCCUUCUCUGGGGAGCCUACGUUAGGAAAAGUUGGAAAGACUGGUGAAGUAGAUCCGCAGCAGACUACUUUCCACAAGUCUGCAGCCUCUGCAUCAGGCUUUUUAAACUGGGGCCGUGAGCAACUCCAAGCCAAAACGAAGAUCGCCCAAGCACAGGCUCGCAGCCGCAUGGCUGGCUUCUCCAAACCCGAGUCUCCUCAGCUCAAUCAGCUCAAAGAUACAGAACCGUGGCUGAGAGACGCCAAAGCUAGACGAGGCUCAUCACCCCGUAUACACGAGAAAGAGAAGCAGGAGAAGCAUCUCAAGCAUCCCAGUAACGAACACAGGCGACGAUCCUCUCAUACCGAGUUUAUGCCUACUACAGUGACAACGAUCACUGCUGGUGGCGGCCCAAAGACGUUACCGCAUAGGCCACCUCCAUCAAAGCAAUAUCACCAACGGCCUCGACGAGAACAACGAGAUUUCAAACCAUCGCCAAGGCUUGAUACAUCGAUUGACACAGAGCCCUUUAGCGAUUCUGGCGUACAGUUUGGUGGUGCCACAAUCAAGCCUAAACCUGGCAGUCCUGCUCCCAGUCCCCAUGGAAGCCCGAGCGAUAGCCCUGGAGAUAGUCCGAAUGCCCGAGAAAGUCCUCCAGCAAUUAUCCUCAACAAGCCACAGGAUGAUCCCCAGGAUAGCUUGAACAGUGAACCUAAAGCUGCAGGAGACAUUUCUUCUAUCAUGUCUCGACAUCGCCCGACUCCCAACGGAAUGCCGAUAUCAAAGAAGCCAGUUCGAAAGCCAACGCCAGCAGAGACUGCGCAGGACUCAGAUACAGUCAAACAGCCCCCCGCGAGUGAUCCCCAAGAUCCUCUUAGUCGCGUCCAGGCCAUGGAGAGCAAACGAGAUGAGCUCGGACGACGCCGAAUCAAUCUGCAAACGGUGAUUUCCGAGUUGACUCGUGUCAUUCAACCCACUUCUAUUGCCUACGACCUUGCUGCCAAGCAAGAAGUGAAAAGAACUGUUCUGAGCAUGGAAAAUGAGAUUGCAGAGAUCAAGAGAGAGGAGCAUGACCUUGGGUUAAAGAUCACUCGAGCAUGGAGGCGACUUGAUGAGAAUAGCAACGGAGACGGUAGUAAUCUAUGGAUCAAGCGCGUAACAAGUUAA